GGAGGGGGGGGAAGCCGCGGAAAGGAAAGCAGAGGCAAGUGUGUGCCUCUCUCUGUCUGUGUAUGUAUGUAUGUGAUCACAAAUGAGAUGUGAGCAGGGAAAAGAAUGACUUUCUCGCUCCUGCCGCUGCCACCGCCUGCAAACAACUAGCUGAAGAAGGGGGGGGGGGAAGAAACGAGGAAGGAGAGGAUAAAAGCAGACAGUGUUCUGCCAUCAUCUCCUCAUUGGUGGGGGAAGCCUGAACCCUCCUGAGCUUUGUCUGGGCCACAGAACCGUCACCUCCCUCAGCCUCCUUCUGUCUGCCAACUCCAGGGAUCCGUCAGAGACAGAUAACGGUGCACUGAAAGCAGGGAGCUGAGAGAAAAAUAGCACCAGCGCCGGGAGAAGAGAGGAGAGUCCAAGGGCAAAGUCUUCAGAAGAAGCCUCAACAAUGCAAGCAACAGAAAGAAUGAAUCAGUUAUGGAGGAAGAAAAGAAGAAGCUCUGAUUAAAGAGAGAUGUGCUACUUGACCCAUUAUGACCUCUUCAAUUAAGGAAACAUCUUAUCCCUAUCACUGCAUCUUCCCUCAGGAUUAAUAACAGCUGUGAAAGCAUCUACGGGUACCAGGGCAGGAGCUACUUGCUGUCUGCUCUUGCCCCUUUCUGCACUUUGCCCAUGGUGAGAUCCAAAUGUGUCCUGUAAAAGCUUUCACCUUGCAUGGAAGUUGGAUUUGCCAGUUGAAAAUGAGACACUUCCAACUGAACUUGCUUCUCAUCUGUAUGGCAGCCACCACUGCAAUUCCUGUUGUACCUUGGAAGGUCAAAUGUCCACUGCAGUGUGUCUGCCAAAUCAGGCCAUGGUACACACCCAGGUCUGUGUACAGAGAGGCAGCCACAGUUGACUGUAAUGAUUUGUUCAUCUCCACAGUGCCUGAAAGCUUGCCAGUAGGGACACAGAUCCUUCUCUUGCAAAGCAACAAUAUUGCCAAGGUUGAGCAAAGUGAACUUGACUAUCUGAGAAACCUGACUGAGCUUGAUUUGUCACAGAACAGUUUCUCUGACAUUUUGGACCUCAGCCUGAGGAACAUGCCCCAGUUGCUGAGUCUCCAUCUGGAAGAGAAUCAGCUGGCUGAACUUCCUGAUAAUGGCUUCAUGGGCUUGGCUAAUCUCCAGGAGCUUUAUCUUAACCACAAUCAAAUACGCAGGAUCUCACCGCAAGCCUUCUUAGGCCUUGGAAACCUACUUCGGCUCCACCUCAACUCCAACUUGCUGAGGACAGUUGACAGCCGCUGGUUCCAAGUACUUCCCAGUCUGGAGAUCCUCAUGAUUGGAGGUAACAAAGUAGAUGCAAUUUUGGAUAUGAACUUCAGGCCACUGUCCAAUCUGAGGAGUCUGGUUCUGGCUGGAAUGAACCUGAAAGAGAUUUCAGAUUAUGCGCUAGUAGGUCUAAAAAGUUUGGAGAGUCUGUCUUUCUAUGACAACAAACUGGUCAAUGUCCCCAAACGUGCACUACAGCAAGUCCCUGGUCUUAAAUUUUUGGAUCUUAACAAAAACCCACUUCAGAGAGUUAAGCAGAGUGAUUUCACCAAUAUGCUGCACCUCAAGGAAUUGGGACUCAACAACAUGGAAGAACUGGUUUCCAUCGAUAAGUUUGCCUUGAUCAACUUGCCUGAACUGACCAAACUGGAUGUGACCAACAACCCUAAACUGUCCUAUAUCCACCCUAAUGCUUUCCACCAUCUUCCCCAGAUGGAGACCCUCAUGCUCAAUAACAAUGCCCUCAGUGCCUUGCAUAAGCAGACACUGGAGUCUCUCCCCAAUUUGCAGGAGAUCAGCAUCCAUAGUAACCCCAUCCGCUGUGACUGUGUCAUCCGCUGGGUCAACAGUACAGAGAACCGCAUACGCUUCAUCGAACCUCAAUCUACGUUAUGUGCUGAGCCUCCAGACCUCAAGAGAAAGCACAUCCGUGAUGUCCCUUUCAGGGAAAUGUCUGACAGGUGCUUACCACUCAUCUCUGACAAAAGCUUUCCUUCCAAUAUAGAGGUGGUGGAAAGUGAGGAUAUUGCUCUCCACUGCAGGGCUCUGGCAGAACCAGAACCCGAGAUUUACUGGGUCACCCCAUCAGGUCUCAAAUUGAUGCCCUACUCAGAAGAUGGAAAGUACAGAGUGUAUCCUGAAGGGACACUGGAGAUCCAUAAAGUGACAGCACAAGAGGCUGGGCUCUACACAUGUAUAGCCCAAAACCUCAUUGGUGCUGAUACGAAGAGCAUCAGUCUGGUGGUCAAUAGUUCUUUCCCUUUCAGUGAGGAUGUGCUAAAACUGCUACUGAAGGAAGUACAGGCAUAUCACAUCCUGGUUGCCUGGAAACCUCACCUCAACACGGUUUCUUCCAACCUCACAUGGUCCAGCUUUGACCCCAGUUUGGACAUGAUGAGCAUGGCCCGUAUCCCCACAGGCACGCAUGUCUACAACAUCACGCGACUGCACCACAGUACAGAAUAUUGGGCUUGCCUUCAUGUGUCCUUUGCAGACUUGCCAAGCAAAGUAGCCUGUGUAAACGCCAGGACUAAAGAGGCUCCAUACCAACAUUUGGAAAGGAGGCAAGGGAUCCUCAUGGUGUUGUCUCUCUGCAUUCUGUUGCUGUGUCUUAGCCUUAUAGGCAACUACGGCUUGGGUUCUUUCAAGCCACAAGCUGGGAGUCAGGGGAUCUGCAUGCCAUGGAAAACAGGCUCAUCUUCAGUGCGAGUUGUAUACCCAGCUUUCAUCAAACACUGGGAUCAAGGGAGAAAGACAGAGACACUCCUAACUGUGGAGGUGCAAGCAACACCACUGGAGUCUUAAAGGUUGUUGACUGAUACAUUUUCCCCCCAGGGAGGGUAAACAAGAAGAUCUGGUGGAUUUGUGUUUAUAUUACCAAAUAUAAAAUAUUGAUGGGGGAAAUGUUCAACCACAAAAAACGCUAAGCAUAGAUUAUGGAGGGGACAAAAGUGUGGUGUGUCUGUUAUCCAUCCAAGCCACCAGUUUGGUCAAACAAAUUAUCCUUUAUGUCAAGAUAAACAAUCUAUUUUUUAUGAAAGGAAGAUUCUUGCAAAGACAUUCAGUAUCCAGAAUAGAUAGCAUGAGCUAAAAGUAAAAGGCUUGGAAUCUCAAAAUCCCUCUGUUCCUUUCAGACAGCCCAUGGAUCCUCUGGCAGCCUUUGACCAAUGUACUUUUUGUUCAGCAAAUUGCUGAUCUCUUGGAAAUCUUUUUUUAAAAAGCCUGUCCCUUUGGGGUUACCUUUGUGCACAGAGGUGUAUUGCCAUGAAGAAUCUUGAACCAAAUCCAAACAGCCUUGUCUUGUGAACACUGCAGUUUUCGCCUCCUGAGGAUCACCUCCAGGCAGGUGAAACAGAAGGGAAAGCAAUCUUACACAGAUGAGGAAUCACAAGUAACAAUAAUGAUCCUCAAAACAAUGAAUGCGUCUUUGAAUCAAUUAGCAAUGUCAGUAAGCAAAACUGGAUUGGAUUCCAGCCUAAGAGCUUAAUUUCAAGGCUAUUUUGUAAACUUUUGUGAAUAAUGUUUAAAAAAAAAAGGAAGAGGGAGGGUGAAGAAAAUCCUGCUUUUUUGUUUUUUUGUAUAAAAAAAGAAAGAAAGUGAGAAAGAAAAAAAUCCUUUGUAUACCAAUCUACCAUAGCUAGAAGACUUUAUGCUAGGUCAGCAUUGCUUCAGCUAUAGGGUGGGCAGUGCAGGGAAGAUGGGAGGGGGUAAACUUUGAUGUAGGAAAGGUUUCAAAGAGUAGGAUUCUCUUUGUUUUUGAAGUGGCUGAUCUCCAUGCUGCAUAACUCAAAAGACCCCUGGAGAUAAGAGGAAAUGGAGAGGGCCAGGAGUUGAAGAAACUGGGAGAGGAUAAAUAUUCCAUUUUCUAACUCUGUCAUCACCUCUUUGUCUCUGAUAAGCCAAUUAAAAUUGCAAAUGAAAUAUAUGGCCAGUAUGCUUUUCCUUGUCCUUAGUUUCACAAAGUCAAAAGUGUGACAUUGAGUCCUAGGGAGGGGUGGGGUGCUGGUACCACAGUAGAAGCAGAUGGCUGCUCAAUUCUCACCUAACGAAAAGGGCUUAGACACACACACCAACAGGUGGAACUGAAGAAAGCAGUAGAGAAGGAAUGGUGUCCGCAAAGGUUUGUCAAUGAUUUAUCAGGAAUUCCAGCUCUGAUCCUCUCAUGGCCAUACUGUCUGAUGGAUUCUGGGAGUUAAAGUGUGGUGGGGAAAGUUACAAGGGUAAUUCUGGUAUUGAGGUUUCAGAAGAGGUAGCCAUGUUAG